AAAUGAGAGCCAGAUAAAGAAAAGCUGUAACCAAUAAUUAAAUUUGAAUAAAACAAAUCAUUCAUUACUCCACCCACCCAAAAAAGCAAAACAAGAAAGAAAGUUGUUGAAGGAAUUCAAAAGAGAGAAAAAUUCAAUCAUCUUGCUGUAUGUUUUUGGUUUAACUAAAAAUGGGGGAAAACUUCAAAGCUCCAUCAGUUUCAGUGUCUUCACUUUCAACACUAACAAUCCCACCUAAAGACUCAUUUUUUGGUGGUGGAAAUAUGCCCUAUUUUAGUCCAGGUCCAAUGACCCUUGUCUCCACUUUCUUCUCUGAAUCUGAGUACCCAUCUUUCUCCCAGCUUCUUGCUGGAGCUAUGGCUUCUCCAUUAGCAAAACCGCCUACCCUUUUGCCUGGAGAAGAAGAGAAUUGUAAACAAGGGUAUAAACAGAAUCGACCCAUGAAUCUAAUGGUGGCUCAAUCUCCUUUUUUCACCAUUCCAACCGCUUUUACUCCUUCUGGAUUGCUUAAUUCACCUGGAUUUCUUUCCGCACUUCAGAGUCCUUUUGGAAUGUCACACCAGCAGGCCCUAGCACAUGUUACAGCACAGGCAGCGUUAUCCCAGUCUUACUUACAAACUCAAGCUGAAUGCCAUUUCCCCUUGCAAAGCAAAUCAGUACAAGUAUUAGGGGCAUCUGACCCAGAGGAAUCUUCUUUACAACCUCAAUUAGAUACUAUGUCGUCAGACCAGAAGAGUAAGAAAUUUGAACUGCCACAGCUUUCGCAAUCUGAGGACAAGCCAUCCUUUAAUUCAGUCGAUAGACCAGCUUCUGAUGGUUACAAUUGGAGGAAGUAUGGCCAGAAGAUGGUUAAAGCAAGUGAACGCCCUCGGAGCUACUAUAAAUGCACACAUCUCAAAUGUCUUGUCAAGAAGAAGGUUGAGCGAUCCAUUGAUGGUCACAUAACUGAGAUAACCUAUAAAGGCCAUCACAACCAUGAACUUCCUCAACCCAACAAACGCAGAAGAGACGGUUGUGCUCAGGAUGGUUCAGACUGCUCCAAUAUUAACCCUGAAACUGGAACACAUACUGAGAUAGAAAUCAACGGCUUAAAUGGGGCUCUUGUUGCUCAUUCUGAACAGGUGUCUACUGAAAUGGCGUGUGAACGUUCUGUUUCGAAUGAAUGUGAGGAAAUUGAGGAUGCUGAAACAGCAGCAAGCAAGGAACAUGAUGAUGCAACAAAUGUGAAGAGAAUGAAGACAACAGUUGAGACUCCUAUUCUUUCAUCAUCACAUAAAGCAGAACCAGAAUCCAAGAUUGUUGUGCAGACAAGGAAUGAAGUAGACAUUUUGGAUGACGGGUUCAAGUGGCGUAAAUAUGGCCAGAAAGUGGUGAAAGGGAAUCAUCAUCCAAGGAGUUAUUAUCGUUGCACGUACCCUGGAUGCAAUGUUCGCAAACAUGUUGAGAGAGCUUCAGCAGAUCCAAAAGCUGUCAUAACAACAUAUGAGGGCAAGCACAAUCAUGAUAUUCCCAUUGCUAGAAACAGAAGCCAUAGCACAGCCCAAAAUAGUAGUCGUCAGUUGAAUGAGCAAGAGAUUGCAACUUGGAGGCCUGCUAUUCUCGACAAAGUCGCUCUUCAUACCAGUGAAAUACAAGUGUAGGAAGCUGAAAGUGGAACAUAUUGCAGCAUAGUUUGCAUUACUAAAAGAGAAAUGGGUGAAUAUUUUUCUUUUGUCUAUCUGUAGAAAAGUUCCUUGUUGAAAACUUAAUGCUGGUGAAAUGUAUCUGUACACAAGUUUCAGAAAUUGUUUGCAAGUCUAUGGCUACUUGCUAAAGAUGUAUCUGUACACAAGUCUAUAUUUUGUUAGUAAAAGGUGUUGUAAUAGUUUGACCUCCGUAUUUUGAAAUUUCUGGACUUGUCUGUUAAUUCAGCUCCGCUGCAUUUGAAGAGCAAAUAUUCCAAGCCAAACAGCUAUGUAUGUCGGUCUAACCUUAUUUUAUUUUAAAUCAAACUACAAGGGAAAGCCUGUGCAUCCAA